CUUCUGAUCACCCGUCAAGCAUUAGCCCGGUCCCCCUUUCCCCCUUCUCCUCCUCCAAAAAAGGGCCCUCUUCUUCUUCUUUUUUCCCAAUGGAGUCAUAGGAUCCGGCGUAUCGGGUUACUUUUUCGCCUCAUUGCUUGUUUCUCUUUUUUAUUUUUGUAUUUAUCUUUUUUGAAAGCUGUUAAUACCUCCCCGUUCCUGAAUCCACGCCACUACUUCCCCUGGCCACCUGCGACUCUAGCUGGCGUCAGUGGGGUUCCAUUGCUUUAUCUCGGCCAGCAAGCCGCGGUCCGGACGGCUCAGACCCCGAUAAAGGAUAUCCAGACCUCGGCCCUCUACACCUGCCACGCCUUCACGAGGUCGCAGUCGGCGAGCCGCGAGCCGCCUUCUAUAAAGAAGAUGGCGGAUUCAGUGGAUCGCGUGUUUGUGCACGCCCUUAACACAGUAAAGAAGAUACCCAAGACGGGCGCGUCGCGGCCGCCACCGAACGAUCGGCUCCGGCUCUAUGGACUCUACAAGCAGGCGAUGGAGGGCGACGUGGACGGCGUCAUGGAGCGUCCGAAUGCUGCCUCAGGGAUGGCUCCUGAUGACCUGCAGCGCGAGAAGGACAAGUGGGAUGCGUGGAAUCUACAAAAGGGCCUGAGCCGGACAGAGUCUAAGAGGAGAUAUGUCGAGGCCCUGAUAGACACGAUGCAUCGCUAUGCGACGACGCCAGACGCCAAGGAACUCGUCGCCGAACUCGAAUUCGUCUGGAAUCAGAUCAAACACAACAGUCCCAGCUCGUCCAUGUCAUCACCGAGAGCGAACCGAUCAGGCGGCGCAUCACAACAGCACUAUGCCGACCCCCCGAGCGAAGCCGAAGGCCCCAUGAAGGUCAUCAGCCCGAUGAGCGAAUACGACGAGGCGGAAUUGCGGUCACAGCGGCAGCUGGACCUCGAGGACGAGAUGGAAGAAGGACAAGAAGGCAGUCAACGUGGAGGCCGGUGGCAGCGAAGGGUGGAACGAGCCCUGACGACAAUGUCAGCCGAAGUGGCCGCGCUACGGGAGCAGAUAACGACAGGUCGGGAGUGGCGAGCGAAGAAGGAGCGCAGCUUCCCGGCGUGGGCCAAGUGGUUCGCCUGGCUGGUGGUGAAGCAUUUGUUUGCAGAUUUCGUCAUCUUGGCCAUCGUGUUACUAUGGAUGAGGAAGCGCAAGGACCGACGGUUAGAGGACCUGGUGAGAGCAGCUCUGAGGCUUGCACGGGAAUACGUCCGGAAAGUCCUACCAAGUCGUGGCCAGCCUGCGAGUCUCCCAGGCUCUGGUCCCUGA